UGUUGACGGCGUUGACGCGUGUCCAGCUAUUGAAGCGUCUCAAUCGAAAUUAAAUAAUUACUAAUUAUUACCGAAAUAAAUAACCAUGUCCGGGCACAAUGUUAACGUGUGUGAUAUAGGAGACGACGUAAAAGAAAAACUGAAGAAGUUUCGCUUCUCGAAACACAAUGAAAAUUGUGCUUUAAUAUUGAAGGUGAACAGAGAGAAGCAGACGCUGGAGGUGGAUGAGGAGCUGGAGAGUGUGGAGCUAGAGGAGCUGCAAGAUAUAUUGCCGUCUCACCAGCCACGCUUCAUCGUGUACAGCUACAAGAUGGAACAUGAAGAUGGCCGCACGUCGUUUCCGAUGUGCUUCAUAUUCUACACUCCACGGGACGCACACAUGGAGCUACAGGUAAUGUACGCGGGCACCCAGCGGGCGCUAGCGGCCGCUGUCGGCGCCCCGCGGCUCCUAGAAGUGAGGGAGAUAGACGAACUCACCGCUGAUUGGCUGAAAGAAAAGCUUUCCAGGUAGACGUAUCGA